AUGUUUCGAUCAAGUGUAUUAUUAGUUUUAUUAUAUUUUUGUGUUGCUACUGAAUCUUUUGGAUUUCGUGGUUUUCAUUAUAAAGGUCGUAAUGAGCCAAUUGUUAAAAGUAAACGUUUAUUUGAUGAAAAAUGGAUUGAACAGCCAUUGGAUCAUUUUGAUGUUACAAAUAAUAACACUUGGAAAAUGAGAUAUUAUGAAAAUAAUGAAUUUUUCAAUGGUAAUGGAUCAAUUUUUAUUAUGCUUGGUGGUGAAUCGCCUAUAACAACUGGAUAUCUUCUGGUUGGACAACUUUAUGAAAAUGCAAAAAAACACAAUGGAAUUAUGUAUUAUACUGAGCAUCGUUAUUAUGGAAAAAGUCAUCCAGUCGAAAACACCACAGUUGAAAAUUUACUAUUUCUCAAUGUUGAUCAAGCCCUUGCUGAUGCUGCAUAUUUUAUUGAAACAAAAAAAAGACAAUUGAAUAUACCUAAUUCAAAAGUAUUUGUUUUCGGUGGUUCUUAUGCUGGGAACAUGGCUGCAUGGAUGAGAAUUAAAUAUCCGCAUUUGAUUACUGGUGCUAUUGCAAGUAGUGCACCUAUUCUUGCUAAAGCUGAUUUUUUUGAAUAUUAUGAAGUUGUUGCUAAGUCACUUGAAAAAUAUGAUAAAAAAUGUACAGAAAAUAUCAAAGAAGCAUUUGAUUAUAUUGAAAGUCUUAUUAAUAAUCCAAGUGGUCUUGAAAAACUUAAAAAUAGUUUCAAUCUUUGUGAUACACCAAAUGCAACAAUUGAUGGGCAAAUGGGCUGGAUUGGGAAUUCCAUUGCUGAAAUUUUUGCUGGAACUGUGCAGUACAACGCAAUAUAUCCAGAUGGAAAAUCUGAUAUAUCGAAAAUUUGUGAUAAAAUGAUGGCUCCAUCUUACAAUUCAUCAUUUGAUAGAAUUGCUGCCAUUAUAAGAGAACCAGAAUGUAAAGAUUGGGACUAUAAUUCAUUUUUAAAAUUAUACAAGAACACAUCAUGGAAUUCCAAAUUAAUCAUUAUGAGACUUUGGUAUUAUCAAACAUGCACUGAAUAUGGCUAUUAUCAAACCAGUAAUUCAAAGAAUUCAAUAUUUGGAAAGCUUUUCGAUCUUGAUCUUUUUACUCAAAUAUGCACUGAUUUAUAUGGAAAAUAUUUUGACAUUGAUUUGUUAAAUAAAAGUGUUAGAAGAACAAAUGUCAUGUAUGGUGGCAAUAAACCAGAUGUUAAAAAUGUCGUCUUUAUAAAUGGUGAUGUUGAUCCUUGGCAUAAACUGUCAGUACUAAAAAAUCUCAAUGACUAUUCACCUGCAUUUUUAAUAAAAGGUACUUCUCAUUGUGACGAUUUAGGCCCAGAACUACCCGGUGAUACUGAAGAACUCGUACAAACUAGGAAAAUAUAUAGUUCAAUAAUAAAUAAUUGGAUUAAUGAUUAUUAAAAUAUUGAAAAAAAAAAAAAAUUAAUAAACAUUCAGU